GAGGGAUGAUGAGCGGCACGAUGAGCGGCACGGGAGGGGGAACGAUGAGCGGCAUGGGAGGAGGGAUGAUGAGCGGAAUGGGUGGCUCCAAACUUACUGCUGUCAACCAGAAGGCCGCUAUCCUGCAGAGUCAGUGCAACGAGUACCUGAAGAAUGCCGAUUACUUCAUUCAUGUUGGCGCGAACCCAAGUGAAGCCGAGCACUACAUGGCGUUGGCCAAAGAGUCCAUUAACCAGCUGAGGAACUGCGCGUCAGACCUGAGACAAAUGGGACAGCCCAAUGAGAAUGUUGUGAGAAGUGUGGAGAUGUAUAAAGAUCAGCUGAGGGGGGUCCACAUGGCCAUGACAGGGACCUCGCAGAGACGGAAGAGCACUAGGGGAAGCUCUAGUGGUUGGGAGGAACCUGGAAGGAGCUACAAUGAUGCUAUAGGCUGGAUUGCACAGCAAAAGCGUCUGAUUGAAACAGCUUCCUGGGGAGAUGAUUCCGCAGCCAUUGAGCAGCAGCUCACGAGCCACCAGAGGUUUCACAGCUCCAUCCAGAGGAGCCCUGAGGUGGACCGAGCCAGAGAUGACUUGAUGAAGAACGGAGACAAAGCCAAUCUUAAUGCUCUGGAGCAGGAAUGGGACAGUCUGCAGAAAAUGUCCUUUGGUCGGACCCAGCAGCUGCGAGAGCUUCUGGAAAUCAUUCAGGAAAUAUCCAGAGAGAUCAUGUGGGUGAAUGAGAGGGAGGAAGAGGAACUGAUGUUUGACUGGGGAGACAAGAACAUCGAUCAGUACAUCCCCAAGAAGCAGGAGAGCUACUCGAAACUGAUGAGUGCCCUGGAGGAAAAAGAAAAGGAUUUGAAUAAACUGAGGGCUAAAGUGGAUAACCUCCUGAAGAAUGACCACCCUGCCUCAGACAAGAUCGAGGCUUACAGGGACACCUUGCAGACUCAGUGGAGUUGGCUCCUUCAAAUUACAAAAUGCAUCGACAUUCAUCUGAAGGAGAAUUUAGCUUACAGCCAGUUUUUCAAGGAGGCCAAUGACACAUACAGUGCUCUGCAGAAGCAACAUGAGACGGUUCGUAAGAAUUUCACCUGUGACAAGAACACUUCUCUGGAGAACCUACAGGAGCUCCUCGUGAACCUGGAGAGGGAGAAGGAAAAUAUUUUGGAAAAAAAGAGGCAGGUUAAACACCUGGUCAGCAAAUCCAAGGACAUCGUGAGACUGAAGCCCAGAAACCCUGAAGAGAAGGGCACCAGCGGCAUCAUUGUCAAGGCUCUGUGUGACUUCAAGCAGGACCAGAAGGUGAUCCUUAAGGGUAAUGAGGCCAUCCUAAAGGACAACAGCCAGCGCAGUAAGUGGCAGGUGACCGGCCCGGGGGGUCUGGAUAUGUUGGUGCCCUCUGUGUGCCUGAUUGUACCGCCACCCAAUCCAAUCAGCAUCAGCCUCUCCAACAAAAACGAGCAGUACUAUGAAGCGAUCCUGUCGAUCUGGAACCAGCUUUACAUCAACGUUAAGAGCCUCAUCUCCUGGCAGUACUGUCUCCUGGACAUCCAACGCAUCAACUCCCUCACCAUGUCCAUGUUGGCCAAGAUGCGCCCCGAGGAGUAUCGUAAAAUCAUCAAGAGCCUGGAGACCCAUUAUGAGGAGUUCAGACUGAACAGUCAAGGCUCCCAGAUGUUUGCUGAUGAGGACAAGAAGACCAUUGAGAACCAGGUGAUUGGAGCCCAGUCCCACUAUGGCCAGCUGGUGGUGCAGCUGCCUACUUACAUUAUACAACAGGAACACUUAGAAAUGCAGCAAGCACCUGAUCAACAACGCCAGCAUCUGAUUAUAAUACAGCAGCAGCAAGAACAAGUUGCUGCUGAAGAAGAGGCCAGGAGGCUUGAAGAAGAGGCCAGGAUGCGCCAAGAAGAGGCCAGGAGGCUUGAAGAAGAAAGACGAAGAGCAGAGCUCAAAAAACAGGCAGAGAAGAAAUCAGAAAUAAAGAAAGAGGUGGUGAGAAAGGAAGUAAUAAAAAUGACCAAGACAGAUGGAGGAAAGAGGAAGGUGAUCACAGUACCUGCCUCCUCCUCAUCAUCUCAGAGCUUAUCAGAGCUGCAUUCACUGAGACUGAGGCUGGAGGCCUCUGAGGACGCGCUGAGUCAGUACAUCCACGUCUGCUUCGGAGACAACGCUGUGCGAGACUGCAGCCUCAAGAUCUCUCAGUUAGAGACUGUGCGGCGCGAUGUGGACUCGAUGCGUGAAGAGUACUUGCAUUUGAAGGAGCGUAUUCUGAAAGAGCUGGAAAGCAUGAGCGACUCAGACAAAGCCCAGUUCCUCCGCAGUGAGAUUGGAGUUUUUGACCACAGACUAGGCGGCCUGGAGAGCAGCUCAUCAGCUUAUGUUCAGCGGCUACGGGCUCUAAGGGAUAUGCUGGAGAGUGUGGCGCGAGCUGAGGACAUUGUGAAAGUUUAUGAAGCAAGAAUGACAGAACAAGAGACCACAUCUCUGUCUCCUGCUGAAGUGGAGGAAUACAUGUCGAGCCUGAAGAAUAUCAAAGGAGAGUUGGAUCAGAAAAGAAAUGUUCUGACGGCUAUGGAGGCAGAGUUAUCCAAGGCGAGCCACUGGAACAGCCAGGUGAGCGGAUCCUCCCACAGGUGUGACCUGAUGCUGUCAAAAUACACGGAGGACGUGGGCUUGCUGUCAGACCGUUGGAGACGAAUCCAAGGACAGCUUGAUACCAGAUUACAGGAUCUUCAGUCAUAUCUGCCUCAGCUGCAACACUACAAGCAAACCAGCACCUCUCUUGUUGACUGGAUUGAAGCCACACGGAAAAAACAGGUGGCUCUGCAGGCCACCAAGAUCGAGAAUGUUCAAGCACUGGAAGACCUCAUUAACACCCAGAAGGCUCUGAAUGCAGAAAUCAAGGCGAGGAGGGAGACAGUAGAGAGUGUGCUGAAAGACAAUGCGACCUGUGUGAAUGCUAUCAAGGACUAUGAAACAGACCUUGCAGCUUACACCUCUGGUUUAGAAACUUUGCUCAACAUCCCCCUGAAGAGGACAAUGCUGAAGUCGCCGUCACUGGAUCUCAAUCAGGAGGCUACCCAACUGCAGACUCGUUACAUGGAGCUGCUUACCCUUUCUGAUGACUACUACAGAUUCCUGGGAGAGCUGCUCAGAAACAUGGAGGAGCUUAAGAUUCGCAACACCCGGAUCGACCUGUUGGAAGAAGAACUUCGUCUUCUGAGAGAGGAUCUCAAAGGCCACAACAGCAAGAACAAAUCACUGGAAGAUGCUGUCGCUCGUUACCAACUGGAGCUGUCCCAGUCAAAGGACAAGUUGUUGUCAAUGGAGGAGGUGAAACAAAGUGCUGCGUUGCAGUGCAAUGCCACCAAGGAGAGCCUAGAUAACACACAGAGCCAGCUGGCAGACCUCAGCGAUCAGGUGGCACGUCUCAACUACUUGCUGGAUGAAGAAAGAAGGAAGAGGAAGCUAGCAGAAGAGCGCUACACUCAGCAGCAAGUAGAGUAUGAGUCAGUGCUGAGAAAGAGGCAGAAUGAGCUGGAGACAGUCAGUUGGUCCAAGAUGGAGGUGGAGAAGAGUUUGUCAAAUAAGGAGCAUGAGAUUGAACAGCUCCGACGGCAGCUGGCUGAGGAGACAGCAAGGGUCAAGGAGCUACAGAAGGAGAUAUCAAAGGUAAGGAGCCAAUACAGUACGGAGAUCAAUAACUUAAAGCUCAGCUUCGAAUCCCAGAUCCACGUCAGUCGCACAGACAUGCAGAGGCUGGCAGCUGAGAGGGACGAGGAUACAGUGGAGCUCCAGCUUCAGUAUGACAGGAUGGAGGCAGAGAGGAGGAGUCUAGAGGAGGAGCUAAGGAGGCUCAGGAUAUCUAUCAGCCAGGCUGACGAGCAAAAGAAGGCAGCUGAGGAGGAAGCUCACAGUCAGCGGACUGUAAUCAUAGAGGAAGGGCACAAGAGAAGAGAACUGGAAAGUCAGGUGGAAUUGCUGAUGAGGCAGAGAGAUGAGGAAAGUAGCCAGUAUAGAGCAGAGCUGGCUGGGGUUAGGAAGAACCUGCAGGAGACGAGUGACCAGCUGGCUUAUGUCACACACAGUCUAGAGGAGGAGACCCGCAGAAGACAAACUGUAGAGGAAGGGCAAGGUGUCCUUGAACAGUCUCUGGCCCAGCUACAAGUGAAGCUAACAAAUUCAUCAGUGGCUGUAACCCAGGUGCGGGAGUAUGAGGAGGAGCUUCAGAAGCUGCGACUGGAGGUGGAGAGAGAGAGCAGGGAGCGAAGCAGAGUUGAACAAAACGCAAAAAGCUUACAGGGACGCAUCAAGGACCUUCAGGCUGUGAGAGAUGGACUUGAGAGCCAGGUGGAGAAUUUGCGCCAAGCUAACCAAGAAGAAGUGGCCAGAAGAAGGCAGAUUGAGUCAGAGCUAGAGAAGACCAAUAUGUCCCUGACAGAGUACACCAGCACUAUCACUGCACUACGCCAAAGCCAAGAACAAGCCAGCAAUUCAGAAAAGAGAGGUGAAGAAGAGCGUCUUAGGCUGCAGGAGGAGCUAGAGAGAAGCUUGAGACAAAACAAAACCUCUACAGAGCGCAUUACACAGCUGAGCACUGAGCUCAAAGCCCUUCAGCAGCAACUGCUUGAGGAGCAGCUCAGAGUCAAAGAGGCAAAUCUCAGGAAUGAAAGUCUUUACAAAACUGUAGAGGAGAAGAGUAAGACAUUGAAUGAGAACUCAGUUGAGCUUCAAAGGCUGAAGAAUCUGACAGAAACCCAGACCAAAGAGAGACUGAGGCUGGAGGAAGAACUAAGGGCGACACGGCAUGAUAAAGAGGAACUCUUGAAAGCCAAACAGGGAAGCGAUAAUGAACUCUCCUCGCAGAUUACUGCGCUGGAGCUGCAGCUGCAGGCCAGUGAGCGCAGUAAUUUAGACUACCACAGCCUGGUCUCUGAGCUCUCCUCUGAGAGGGAGAAACUCAAAGUGGAGACUGAGAAAAUACAAACGCAAGCCACCGAGAUGAGAGCGUCAAUGCAGUCCCUUCAGUCCCAGUACAAUGAAAUUGUAAAUGAGAGAGAUGCCCUGUUGCUGAAAUUGCAGUUGUCAGAAAAGGACCAAGACCACAUCCAAAGGCUAGAGGAGGAACUCAGCCGCAUUAAACUGUCCUUAGAAACCGAGUAUCGCAAUAAGCAGCGUCUACAGGAUGAAAACGAAAGAGUGAAGAAGGAUUUAAGUUACUGGAAGGACCAGUGCGACAGUAAACAUGGCCUGAUUAGGCAAUAUGAGACAGAUAAAGAUAUUUCAGAGAGGGAAAAGAAAUCUUUGAAAAGUGAGAUAGAAAGGCUGAUGAGGGAACUACGUGAGCUUGAAGAAUCAUAUAAAACUAAGCUGUCAACCAUCCAGAAAGAAUUGCAUGAGGUGACCAUUGUCAGAAGGAGCAUGGAAACUGAGCUGAAGAAUGCUAGAGAACCCCCAACCUUGGAUCCUUCCACUCUGAUCUUUGAUGGAGUCCGUAAGCCAGUAACAGCAAACCAGUUGCUCGAUUGUGGUGUUUUGGAUAAACAAACAUUUAACCAGCUUGUGAAGGGACAUAAGACCGUCCCUGAAGUGUCCGCUGACAAAAAAGUCAGUUUAAAAGGGACGGGCCCAAUAGCUGGGGUGGUAAUUGAAAGUUCAAAAGGUCCAGGGUCAGUUUCUGGACCUCUUUGCAAACUAACUUUCACUGAAGCCAAGAAUGAGAAUCUACUUCCACCAGAUAGCAUUGACUUGCUUCUGGAUGCUCAGGCUGCAACAGGACACAUUAUUGACCCCAGAACUAAUCAGAAGUUGACAGUUGAAGAAGCGUGUACUCAAGGUGUGAUUGAUGAUAAGGACAGAGAGAGGUUGCUAGCGGCAGAAGCUGCAGCUGUAGGAUAUAGUGGACCUGGGACAAAUAAACCUCUCUCAGCGUUUGAGGCCAUGAAGAAGGGACUGAUUGACAGAAACACAACACUGCGUCUUUUACAAGCCCAGGAGUCUGUGGGGGGCAUUCUAGAUCCAGUAUUCAGUGUGUUCCUUCCCAAAGACACAGCCAUUGAGCGUGGCCUAAUUGAUGAUAAUGUAUGUCGCGCUUUGAAUCAGAGGCCUGAGCUCUACCUGGACCCAGAAAAUGAAGAAGGUGUAACUUAUAUGUCAAUGAAAAGGAGAUGUAAGAUAGAGCCACACACAGGCCUUCUUCUUCUUCCUGUCACUGAGAAGGUAGAUCCCUCCAAACUUAUUUUUGAUGGUGUUCGAAAACCUGUCACAGCCAAGCAGCUGCUGGAUUGUGGUGUCCUGGACAAGCCAACAUUUAAAGAUCUAGAAAAGGGGAAGAAAACCGUCCCAGAAGUGUCUGCAGACAAAAAUGUCAGUCUGAAGGGGACUGGGCCCAUUGCCGGGGUGGUAGCUGGGAGGCAAGGCAAAAUGUCUUUUUCAGAAGCCAAGAGACAAAUGUUACUACCUGACGAUAGUGCAGAUUUGCUGCUGGAAGCUCAGGCUGCGACAGGUCAUAUCAUUGACCCCCAAACCAGUCAGAAGCUGACUGUAGAAGAAGCAUGCGCCAGAGGAGUGGUGGAUGUAAGAGACAGAGACAGAUUACUGGCAGCCGAAGCUGCUGCUAUUGGCUACAGAGAUCCUUACACAACAAAGCCUAUUUCAGUGUUUGAGGCCACGAAGAAGGGACUAAUUGACAAUAAGACUGCACUACGUCUGCUGCAGGCCCAGGAGUCUGUGGGAGGAAUUCUAGAUCCAAAUCUUAGCGUGUUCCUACCUAAAGACACAGCUAUCAAGCGCAGCCUUUUAGAUGAAAACCUCCGUCGUGCUCUGAGCCAAGAUCCUGAAUGUUACAUUGAUCCAGAAACUGAGAGUGAUGCCAGCUAUGAGACUUUGAAAAAAAGAUGCAAGAUAGAACCUCACACAGGUCUGCUACUUUUGCCAAUCGCUGAGAAGGCAGAUCCUUCUAAGUUAAUCUUUGAUGGUGUCCGUAAGCCAGUAACAGCAAAGGAAUUGCUUGAUUGUGGGGUCCUGGACAAACCAACUUUUAAUCAACUAUUGAAGGGGGAGAAAACAGUCCCACAGGUGUCUGCAGAGAAAAAUGUCAAUCUGAAAGGGACAGGAGCAAUUGCUGGUGUCGCAGCUGGACCUUCAGGGAAACUGUCUUUAACAGAGGCCAAGAGACAGAUGCUUAUGCCCCCGGAUAGUGCAGAUUUACUACUGGAAGCCCAGGCUGCUACAGGUCACAUCAUUGAUCCCAUGUCCAAUCAGAAACUGACUGUAGAAGAAGCGUGUGCAAGAGGAGUGUUGGACAAUAAAGAUCGAGAUAAACUCUUAGCAGCAGAAGCUGCUGCUAUUGGCUACAGAGAUCCUUACACAGCAAAGCCUCUUUCAGUGUUUGAGGCAAUGAAGAAGGGAAUAAUUGACAAAAAGACAGGGCUACGUCUGCUGCAGGCCCAGGAGUCUGCAGGUGGCAUUCUAGAUCCAAACCUUAGCGUGUUCCUCCCUAAAGACACAGCUAUAAAGCGCAACCUUCUGGAUCAAGAAUUCUGUCGUGCAUUAAACCAGAACCCUGAGUGUUACCUCGAUCCAGACACAGAACGUGAUGUCAGCUAUGGAUCUUUAAAGAGAAGAUGCAAAACAGAGUCUCACACUGGCCUGUUAUUUUUGCCAGUUACAGAGAGGAAAGACCCUUCCAAACUCAUGUUUGAUGGUGUCCGCAAGCCAGUUUCAGCACAGCAGUUGUUUGAUUGUGGGGUCCUGGACAAAUUAACUUUUGACCAACUACUGAAGGGGCAGAAAAGUGUGCAGCAGGUGUCUGUGGAUAAAAAAAUCUUUUUAAAAGGUACUGGUUCAAUUGCUGGUGUGAUAGCUGGACCUUUAGGGAAGAUUUCUUUAUCAGAAGCCAAAAAACAGAUGCUCAUGCCCCCAGAUAGUGCUGAUUUACUUCUGGAAGCCCAGGCUGCUACAGGUCACAUUAUCGAGCCUACAUCAAAUCAGAAGCUGACAGUAGAGGAGGCGUGUGCAAGAGGAGUGGUGGACAGUAAGGAUCGAGAUAAACUCUUAGCAGCAGAAGCUGCUGCUGUUGGCUACAGAGAUCCUUACACAGCAAACCCUCUUUCGGUGUUCGAGGCAAUGAAGAAGGGAAUAAUUGACCAAAAGACAGGACUACGUCUGCUGCAGGCCCAGGAGUCUGCAGGUGGCAUUCUAGAUCCAAACCUUAGCGUGUUCCUCCCUAAAGACACAGCUAUAAAGCGCAACCUUCUGGAUCAAGAAUUCUGUCGUGCAUUAAACCAGAACCCUGAGUGUUACCUCGAUCCAGACACAGAACGUGAUGUCAGCUAUGGGUCUUUAAAGAGAAGAUGCAAAACAGAGUCUCACACUGGCCUGAUACUUUUGCCAGUUACAGAGAGGAAAGACCCUUCCAAACUCAUGUUUGAUGGUGUCCGCAAGCCAGUUUCAGCACAGCAGUUGUUUGAUUGUGGGGUCCUGGACAAAUUAACAUUUGACCAACUACUGAAAGGGAGAAAGACUGUCCCUGAGGUGUCUGUGGAUAAAAAGGUCUUUCUAAAAGGGACAGGAUCAAUUGCUGGUGUGGCAGCUGGACCUUUAAGGAGAAUGUCUUUUUCAGAGGCAAAGAAAAAGAAAAUUAUAUCAUCUGAUAAUGCUGACAUGUUACUGGAAGCUCAGGCCGCCACCGGUCACAUCAUCGAUCCAAGAACUAACCAGAAACUAACAGUAAAAGAAGCAUGUGCCAGAGGAGUAGUGGAUAAGGAGGAUGAAUCCAAGUUGUUUGCAGCUGAGGCUGCUGCUAUAGGCUAUAGAGACUCUAAUACUGGCAAGCUUCUGUCAGCUGGCCAGGCCAUGAAGAAGGGAUUAAUUGACAAGGACACAGCUCUGCGUGUGCUUCAAGCUCAAGAGUCUGUAGGGGGUAUAUUGGACCCUGACCUCAGUGUAUUCCUACCUAAAAACAUGGCACUGGAUCAGGGUCUCAUAGAUCAGGACCUGUCCCAUGCCUUGAGUCAGUAUCCUGAGUGUUAUCUGGACCCAGACACCCAGCAAGGAACUCCAUAUAUAUCUCUGAAGAAAAAAUGCAAAGUUGAUCAGAGCACUGGUCUUCUGCUUCUCCCUGAACCUAAAAAGCCAUUAACUUUCCAGGGGCUUAGAGGCCAGGUGUCUGUUGUGGAUCUGGUGGAUGCCAACUUGCUGCAACGAUCUGAUAUGGACAAGCUGAAUCAAGGUAGACUGACAAGCCAAGAUGUUGAAGACCGCCUGCGUUCCUAUCUGAGAGGUUCCACCUGCAUAGCAGGAGUUUAUGAUGAGGCAAGUGGAAGAGUAUUGCCAAUCUAUCAGGCCAUGAAAGAUGGACUGUUGAGGUCUGGGACCACUCUUGAACUGCUUGAGGCUCAGGCUGCCUCAGGUUUUAUAGUUGAUCCUGUGAACACUCUCUAUCUAACAGUUAGUGAAGCCUACAAUAAAAGACUGUUUGGACCAGAGUUCAAGGACAGCCUGCUAGCUGCAGAAAGGGCUGUGACUGGUUACAGACUGCCUGGUACAGACAAGAUUAUCUCUCUAUUUCAGGCCAUUGAGAGAGGUCUAGUGGAGAAAGGCCAUGGCAUUCGUCUUCUGGAGGCCCAAAUUGCCAGCGGUGGUAUCAUUGACCCUGAACACAGUCAUCGUAUUGAUGUGGAUGUAGCCUACAAAAGAGGCUACCUGGAUGAGGAAAUGAAUAAGAUCCUCUCUAGUCAGAAUGCUGAUACUAAAGGUUUCUUUGACCCUAACACUGAAGAAAACCUAACUUACAUGGAGCUUAAAAAACGCUGUAUCACAGAUAAGAAGACCGGCCUCAUCCUUUUGCCUAUAACCGACAAGAAAAAUCAAGAGUCGACACAGAAGAGCACACUAAGAAAGAGGAGAGUAUUGAUUGUAGACCCAGACACCAAUAAAGAGAUGACAGUCCGUGAAGCGUAUGACAAAGGGCUUAUUGACUACGAGACCUUCCUGGAGCUGUCCGAGCAGGAGUGUGAAUGGGAAGAGAUCACCAUUACUGCUCCAGAUGGUUCUAUACGGUUUCUUAUCAGUGACAAGAAAACUGGAAGACAGUAUGACAUUACUGAACUGCUUGAAAAGCGAUUAAUUGAUGAAUCAGUUGUAGCUCAGUAUCGUGCACGAGCUAUCACUAUUAAUGAAUUUGCUAAUAUCAUCACCAGUAAGACCAAACAUAGCUCAUCAUCAGGAUUAAGAGCACCAGCUGCCUUUGGCACAUCUUCAGUGACAUCAUCAUCAACAACUUCAAAAACAUCUUUCGGGCCAUCUUCACUGACAUCAUCAACUUCAAGAACAGAAGCCUCAGUUCCAACAUCAUCACUGAUGUCAAGACCCUUAUCACCUACUUUCACCAAGAUGACCACAACAAAAACUACCACUGUCACAGAGCGAAGCGCCGCAGUUAGCAGCAUUUCUCAAGACUUUACAGAUUCCCUUAAGCAUAUAUCCAGUGUAUCUUUCACUCUGACUUCUCCAGUUGAAAUAGGAGAACAGGAACCCAUUGGUGCCAUUUUUGACACAGACAGUGUAGAGAAGAUAUCUGUCACAGAGGCUUUAAAUCGUGACCUAGUGGAUUCCAUAACUGCCCAGAGACUGCUUGAAGCCCAGGCCUGCACAGGAGGGAUUGUUGAUCCUUCAAGUGGCCGUAGGGUCAGCAUCCAAGAAGCUUCUCGCAUGGGCAUAAUAACUGAAGACAUGGCCACUAAGCUGAAGCCUGCUCAAAAAGCCUAUUUUGGCUUUGAGGAUGUAAAAACCAAGAGAAAAAUGUCUGUUGCUGAGGCAGUUAAAGAGAUGUGGUUGCCAUAUGAAGCUGGGCAGAGAUUUAUGGAGUUCCAGGUUGUAACAGGAGGUCUGUAUGACCCAGAAAUGGGUGGUAGAAGAACCAUAGAAGAUGCUUUGAAAAUGGGCUGGGUGGAUGGGAGGGCAGCCCAAAAGCUCCAAGAUAUAAAAUAUCACAUGAAGAACCUAACAUGCCCCAAGAGUAAACUUAAGAUUUGUUACAAAGAGGCUCUGGACAACUGCCUGGUGGAGGAAAGCACUGGAGUUAAAAUGCUCCAGGCAUCAUCUGUGUCUUCGAGAGGGAUCAGCAGUCCGUACAAUGUUGCCUCUGCCCCGGGAUCCACCACAGGCUCCAGGAGUGGUUCACGAAGAAGCUCUCGCAGGAACAGUUUGGACUUAGGCUCCCCCAUGUCUUCAGCAGCAAACCGCUACAGUUUUUCUAGUGUAACCUCCUUCUCAACCAAAAAAUAAAUCAAGAAAAGAAAAGCAGGGCAUCCACUUGGCUUGCACAUGAAUCAGAAUAUGUCAAAAAUAUUUUCAGUGUUUUGGGAAAUGAGUGUUCUGUGUGAGGAGAAAAAAAUUCAGGUGAACAUUCUGAAUAGUUUGCAUACUUUUAGAUUCAUCUUUGGUGUUCUGUGCUUAUAAUCUGUAGUUCAAAUUAUAUUGAAAAGCUUCAAAAGUUCUUUCUUACUUAUUUUUUUAAUGGACAAAAGUGUUUCUCAUGGUUGCUAACAUAAGGUAUGUGGAUUAACAAAGUUUAUGUUUACACAUCAUUUGGUGUUAAACUUGGUCUAAAAUAGCUCUAAAUUUUUUUUUUUUUUUUUUUUUUUUUUGCAUUCACAUAUUUCAAAUUUGUUUUUCAAAAACUUCUGAAAAUAUAAUGUUUUAUGCUUUGCCUUUGAAAAAUUAUAUUAUUGUGUUUACAUUUGUUUGACAUGUGUGUGUGCUUUACAGGGAGGGAUUCAAAGUUGGGUUGCAUAUAUCGGCUUAACUGCCUUUUUUUUUAAAUCCAUCAUUUAUUGAUUAAUUGGUUUCUUGAUAUUUAGUGCUUCCACUUUUGUAACAGUUUUUUUUUCAAUAUCUCAAAAUAAAACUUGAGUUUUUUGCUCA